GGGUAGGAGUUUACUUAACCUCCCCAGAUCCUUUUUUGGUUCUCUAAUUGCUGAAAUGUGUGAGCCCAGAGAUGUUCAAGCUUUCAUAGGUUUUCUGAGAACUCCAGCUGAUUUCCUCCUCUCAAAGAACUUCCUGUGUGAUCAUGUUCCUAGAAAUCAUGUAAAUCAGCCAUUUGUUUCCCUGAUUCUGAAGUUUUCCUCCUCUCAAAGAGUUUCCUGAGGAUACAGGCUUGAGUCAUGGCAGCAGCAUUUUGAAAAAAAAGGGGUUCCAUCCAUCCUUUUUUAGUAAGGCCACCAGGAUAUGACAGAUGAGUUUGAAAAUUGUGCUUGCUGGACUCAUUAGCUUGGCUUGGAUGCAUCAAGCCCAUUGUGAAGGGCUUUCUAAUGCAUUUGAGGAAAAUAAGUGGACGUGCACUUAUUUCACAAACUUGAGUAUUGCUACUAUGGCUAACUGUUCGUCAUCAUGCGAUUGCAGUCCGGAUGGGUCGCGCCAAAGCAGGUGGAAGUGUAGAUGUGCAGCUGAAGGUUUACCAGUUGUGGCUGCUGAGCAUAACAAUACUUGUUUCUUCACAUCUUGCAGUUGCAGUUUCGGGAUUCCGACGAAACUACACUAUCCCAAGAAGUUGAUUUCAAGGAAAGAUAUAUUUGUUAUUCUCUUCAUAUCUUCAGCAGUUGCAAAUCUUGCCUUUUUUGCGCUGAUGCUGUGCUACAUUAUCUAUCAAAGGAAAACACAAUCUUCUCAACCAUAUCUUUUUUCACUAGAUAAAGAAAUGAGUUUCAGUAGUGGUACUAACUUAAUAAGCCAGGGGGCUUCUUCAGAAGCAGAAUCAAAAGUUUACCCGUCCACCUCAGUAAAUACUGUUUCAGGAUGCAUUCCCAAGGUGUCAUUGCUAUUCAAAAGCAAAAUGGGAUCAUCAUCAUCUUCAUCUUCAUAUGGAAUGAUAGUAUACUUCUCAUACUUUGACUUGGAAACUGCCACCGAUAAGUUCUCUAGUUCCAAUUUGAUUGGAGUUGGAGGGAGUAGCCAGGUAUACCGCGGCCAACUGAAAGAUGGAAGAAUCGUCGCAGUUAAGAGAAUAGAAACCCAAGGAGGGCCAGAUUCAGAGACCUCUUUCUUGACAGAGAUGAAACUGAUAUCAAGACUCCAUCAUUGCCAUGUGGUGCCAUUGUUGGGAUACUGCUUGGAACACCGAGGAAACCAAGCAGAGAGGCUGCUUGUGUUUGAAUACAUGGCAAACGGAAACCUCAGAGAUUUUCUUGAUGGUGGAGCUUCCGGAAGAUGUUCGGACUGGGCUACUCGAGUUCGAAUUGCUCUUGGAGCUGCUCGGGGUCUGGAGUAUCUCCACGAAGCUGCUGCACCAAGGAUCCUCCACCGUGAUGUCAAAUCCACAAAUGUUCUGCUCGAUGAAAAUUUGAGAGCCAAGAUUACUGACCUUGGAAUGGCCAAACAGCUGCACAGUGAUGGUGGGAUGGGCAGUAGUUGCUCAAGUUCUCCUGCUAGAAUGCAAGGUACCUUUGGGUAUUUUGCACCAGAAUAUGCCAUUGUCGGCCGAGCUUCUCUCAAAUCAGAUGUAUUCAGUUUUGGCGUUGUGCUUCUUGAACUGAUCACCGGACGCCAUCCCAUUCAGAGGUCCGCGAGCAAAGGCAGGGAAGAAAGCCUUGUAGUGUGGGCAACUCCUCGUCUGCAAGACAGUAGGCUAGUGAUUUCAGAGUUGCCCGACCCGAAUAUGAAAGGGGCUUUUGAGGAAGAAGAGAUGCAGGUGAUGGCUUACUUGGCAAAGGAGUGUCUGCUCCUCGACCCCGAUUCUCGGCCAACAAUGUCUGAGGUUGUCCAAAUCCUCUCGACCAUAGCUCCAGAGAAAUCUAAGAGGAACAACCUUCUGCAGGGACACAACUUUAAGAGAUCAUUGAGCCAUAGCACUGAACGCCGUGGAAGAAGAGUUCUCCACCCAACUGCACAAGAAGAGAUAAAGCACAUUGCUAACUGUGAGAAACAUGAUGAUCACAAUGUUGAGAUUAACGAGAAUGAAGAAGUGGGUUCGGAUCAGACAAAGCAGGAAGAAAGAGUAAUCGUCACUUUCCCAUCAAAGGAUAAUAAAAGAUGGCGUCCUCAAGAUGAUGCAGCCGUGGACUUGAUUGAGCCGCGGUUUGAAUCAUUUCAUGUGCCAAGUAUUGUAUGACUUGAUGAGUAGAAAAUGACAUAAAAAGUAUAGAAGAUAAACGCAUGCAUGGUUGGCGACUGGCGUUUAUUUAUCAGGAGGAGGAGCCUUUGUAGAGGUGUUUUUUAAUGUUGAAAUUUUAACCUCAUAUGUAAAUAUCAUCAUAGAAGAAGAACUGUAUUCCACAUCGAAUGUUGAGUAAGAUGAUAAUAGGUUUAUAAGCUCUUGAGUUAAACUAAUAAUUGAUUGAAUUCAAU